CCGGACGAGAAAAAAUCUCAAAAUCAUGGAAGUGGAAGUGGCGGCGCUGGAGCGGCGCGUGGCGGCUUUACAGUCACGGUUGGGAUUCCACGCGUCAGAUGACCGUGCCAUUCCCCUUCAAACAAGGCUGCAUGAUCUCUCGGAGAAGUUGACUCGCAUCGAGGGAAGUAUCGAUCCUCCGCAUAUGCCAAGCUUGCAUGCUGCCUAUCAGAGGCAUGAAAAAGUCCUCCGCCCCGACGUUCUCGAAACAUUAAGCGAACAUGGCAGCGCUUCCUCCCAACAAUGGAAGAAGGCGAUUGUGUUGACGUCGCAAGAGUCGGUGGACAAGUUGGCCGCCCAGGCGCAACGACUGAAGGAACUGGACGCCGCCGUCCUCCAUGCGAAGUUCCCGACGCUAUCCCAAGACGUGCACUUGGCACUCAACCGCGUCGAGACCCAGAACCUCCUCGUCACACGGCAAGUCCUGGCGCAGCAUCAAGCAGUCGAGUCAUUGCUCACGCAGUACGCAGCAAUUGUCCACGGCAUGUCCAAAAAGUUCCAGCUCUAUGACGCCCACGUGCGCCAUCUUGAGAAAAAGGCAGGGGUGCAGGCUUGAUCUAUAACGUUAAUGCAGGCUACAUGAAGUACAAACCUCGCCCCCCUCGUUGCCUUCUGUAAUGUACUAGGUUUGCAUCGUUGGUUGUUGCCAAGUUAGU